AUGCAUUCUCUAUCAACACUUUAUGGAAAUGCAGCUCCGGAGCGAUCAAUUGUAUCUGCAGCUUCCUCACCUCCAGGGCCGUUAUUAAACUCUCCAAACCAUCUUUCGAGGAAUAAUCGGUUACCAAAUCGUCGUCCUGGUGGAAGAAGGAAUGGUUCAACGUCGAGGACAAACUUGGAUAGGUUUCUUCCUUUGUCUUCGAGUCAUGAUGCUCUUUUAUUGUAUAGGCAGAAUCCAUUAGAAACUCCUUACCUACAAAAAAAACACAAAAAUAGGGAAGACUCUAACAAUGGUUUGGAAAAGGAUCCAUGUUACAACUAUGAUCGUUUGCUAGAACAUGUCUUGGAAAUUGACAAGGCAAGUCACGUAUUUCAAUUCUCUCCAGAGACAUCUUCUCGUUCCAACCUUGUUCCAGUUACCUUGGAGCCACAGACCAACGCUCGUCGGAAAAAACAUUCUUCAAGUCAAAUCCUUCCGUUCCGGAUUCUCGACGCUCCCGAGUUGCGAGACGACUUUUAUACAACAUUACUUGCGUGGUCUCCACUAGGAGAACUUGCUAUUGGACUUGCCGAGAAUGUAUAUUUAUGGACUGAAGGAUCAGGACCUGUUGGUGUUUUGGAAACCAGCAUGUACGAUGUCAGUAGUCUUGCCUAUUCAUACGACGGUACUAUCCUUGCCGUCGGAAGAAUUGAUGGUACCAUCCAAUUUUGGGGAAGAGGGGAGAUUCGGCCCAGAAUCACCAUUUACCAUCCUGGCGACGUCGGUUGCAUGGCAUGGAAACCUUCCGCAGAUAUGAAGCGUAUUCUCAUUGGAAAGGGUGAUGGUGAAAUCGUAAUCUACGACAUAUUCUGGUUGGAUUCCAAGGUUAAGGCUACCAAAGCGGGAACUAUUUCCACUGCUCAUGAAGAGCAGGUUUGCGGUAUAGCUUGGAAUUACGAUGGCUCACAAUUUGCUACGGGAGGAAAUGAUAAUAAAGUGUGCCUUUUUGAUUCUUCUAACUGGGAAAAACCCGUUUUUACUUGGCAGCACGAUGCUGCAGUCAAGGCGAUAUCUUUCUGCCCCUGGCAAAAAUCUUUACUGGCUACGGGAGCCGGCUCACACGAUAAACAUAUUCGUUUUUAUAACUGCAACAGUGGGAAGAAAAUAUCUGAGCUGUACUGUGGUGCGCAGAUUACUUCGAUUCAUUGGUCUCCAAGUUAUAAAGAGUUUUCUGUAACUUUCGGCUAUUCUAUCGAUACUGUUCAGCACCGGUUUGCUAUUUAUAGUUGGCCUCAAUUGAAAUGUCUCGUAUCUGUUUUACCGUCCGUCUCCGAUACUCGAUGUGUGCAUUCUGUAUUGACUUGCACAUAUGAUGAUGCACGAAAGAAGCAGGUUCCUGGUAACAAUAUUGUCGUAGCAGGUAGUGAUGAGACUGUAAAGUUUUUUGACCUAUCUGAAAAUUGUUCCUGGCAUCACGAUCGAGUUUUAUCUUGGAAUGGUAUAUUUGACUGUCAAAUUUUGGAAAUGCUGGAAGGCAUGGAUGGAACUUCUAGUUAUCAAAUACGCUAA